AUGUCUGGAUUUACAGGAGUAGGGUGCAAGAAGGAAGACUUCCAAGUUUUUGAAUUACUCGGCCGGGGAGGCUUCGCACAAGUCUAUCGUGCUAAAUCCACGAUUACCGGGCAAGAAGUUGCUAUUAAGAUGAUCGAUAAAAAGGGUAUGCUCCAACAUAGACUUGCCAACCGUGUACGCCGUGAAGUAGAAAUACAUAGCCGUCUCAAGCAUCCUUCAAUAUUAGAAUUGUAUACGUGUUUUGAAGAUGAAAACUAUGUUUAUUUGGUUUUGGAAAUAUGUCAUAAUGGAGAAUUACAAACUUAUAUACGCCAAAAUGGCCCUGUAACUGAAGAUACUGCCCGACAUUAUUUAAAACAAUUGAUCAGUGGUCUUCUUUAUUUACAUUCACACAACAUAAUUCACAGAGAUUUAACUUUAGCAAAUCUUUUGCUGACUAAAGAUAUGAAAGUCAAAAUUGCUGACUUUGGAUUGGCUACUAAAAUUGAGCCAGGUGAAGAUCAUAAAACAAUGUGUGGGACACCAAAUUAUAUUUCCCCGGAAGUCGCUAGUCAUAAUCAACAGGGUUUAGAAACUGAUGUCUGGUCGUUAGGGUGUAUGUUUUAUACGCUAAUUGUUGGUCAUCCACCAUUCGAUACUCGAGAAGUUCGUUCAACUUUGAAUCGUGUCUUAGCUGUCGAUUAUGAAUUACCAUCAACUCUUUCAGCUGAAGCAGCUGAUUUAAUUAAUUCUUUACUUCGACGUGAACCUCAAGAACGUCUCAAGUUGAAAGCAAUCAUACAACAUCCAUUUAUGUUAAAGAAAUCACGUCCUCAACGUCACAUGAAAACGUCUAAUGACAGUGGGAUUGAUUCAAUUUAUCGCACACCGUUAGGAUACUUAUCCAACAGUCUUAAAUCCCACCAUCUUCGCAAAGUGAAGUGUAAUGAAUCUAACACUCACCCUUGUAACACUCCCAUUUCUACAGCCAUCUCAGAUACCCAGUGUGAUACAAGUAUCCCUUACUUUUUGGCAUCCGCACAACCCUUGUCUCAUGCAGUUACUAGUUGGGACCCUUCGAUUAAUGUUCAUGCAGAUGUACAACGGCCCACCGAGCAACUUAAUACUAAUCCGAAUAUCAGACAAACAUGUUACUCUGACGGUGCUUUUGAACAGUCCCGUUCAGUUUUCUCACAAGUAUCGGAUUCGGAAAUUAAGAAAUCAUUAUUAAGUCAUCGUAAUCAACUUGUCAACUCAACAGUUACCCGGGCUCACAAUAAUUUAUCUGGACCUUCUCUUUCCUUACCUUCACAUCCAACUGCUACAGAGGUCAUAAAAACGCAGCAUGCCGAUUGUGUGAAAGGUAACACUAAUAUUUCCAAGUCCGAGUUAUCAUCGAACAGUAUUAGCAAGCCAUUCUUAACCCAUCCUUUACCGUUAAACACGUUUCGCUUGAAGCCGAUGAGAACUUAUACACGUUUAGCUGUGAUUAACAUUCUACAGGAUGAGUCUGUUUGCCUGGAAUUUUUGGGAGGUUCAGCUAAAACUCGACAAAACCAGACUUCAGUAAUAAAAGGCAAUCAGAACCUUCGGGUUGUUGAGGUGAUGGGUAUCAAUAAUACUGGACAAAAUAUCUUGAUCUAUAGACCAAAUAUGGGAAAAGGAGUACCGUUAAAUGUUCAGGGGCUCGGUGACUCAUCUCAAACAAAUUUAGCAAACUCUGAAACCAUGAACUUUGGGAGUCCUCCACCUGCAUCUCCAGGUGAUCCACUCGAGUUUUAUACUUUAAAUACCCUACCUCAAAAGUACUGGAGAAAAUAUCAAUUUAUUUCCAAAUUCGUUCAGAUGGUUCGUGCUCAUACUCCUAAAGUAACACUUUACACUGAUAAAGUCAAAUGUAUGCUUAUGGAAAAUGGUCCAUCAGGAGAUUUUGUUACUGAGUUCCAUAAUGAUGGUACACGGGUAUUAUGUACUUCUGAUGGAUCAUUACGUAUUAGUCAGACAACAGAGCAGAACAAUUCAUUGAAAGUUAAAGAGAAUAUUACACCAACAACAAUUACUCUUGAUUCAAAUCGAAGUCUUUCAACGCUUUCUCCAGAGAUAAGAAAACUUAUAGAUUAUGUAUAUGCAUGCCGAGAUCAUUGCCGAAAAAUUGAACAACUAUUAGCGAGAAUGGAUUCAGAAGAGAAUGACACAUCGGUAUUAUCUUGUUCUUCAUUUCCUGUUAUAUUAGGACAUCGUCCUAAAAUAGGUUUUAACCUAGUUACUUCAUCACAGAAUCAUUCGAAACCGACAUCAGUCACGAACAUGAUAACGAAUGAAUUAGGUGAUCAAGUUUCAUUAUCCUCACAACUGUAUAAUUUAAUAUCUGAUUGUUUGAAAGAAAAAUAUAAAAAUCCCUUAUCAGAAAAUCAAGCAAAACAUGAUCGUUUACCUACAAAUGCAGUAUUUGUCCCGAAUGUGGGUUGGGCAAACCAGUUUAGUGACGAUAGACUUCAAGUCCAAUUUAAUGAUGGAGCCAAACUCUUAUUAGUUUAUAACCGAACCUUAGUCUAUGCUAUUCAUUAUUCUGCACCUCCUGAAACCAAUCAGGAACUACCAAAAGAAUAUGUGUACAACACAUCUGAUCCUCUCCCAGAGCAUAUUUAUCGAAGGUUAGAGGUAAUGCCAACUGUUAUCAAACAACUUCGUACAGUUGCCAACAAAAUUAUUUCUUGA